AUGGUAUUUUUAUACGAAACAAAUACAACUUCCCUACAGCAAGAACAAAAUGAAUGUAGCAAUCAAUUCUACUCAAGAGUUGGCUUGAUGCGAGACUUUAUUUUCAGAAAAAUAUAUCAAGUACUUAUCGAUUGGCCAUCGGCAGAUAUUCGUACUGUUCCGAAUGUGAUGCAUCAAAUUCGUUGUGGUACUGAUGAAAAAGACGCAAAGAUCGAAUAUCAAAUCAAUUGGUUUAUCGAUUGCGCUGAAACUCAUAUUCAUAAUCAUCGGAAUUCCUUUGAUACAUUCUGUUUGGAAGGUGAAUAUGAAGAAAAAAUUUGGGAGAUCAUCGAUGAAAAUGACGGUACAAUUUCAUAUCAGUUCACUCGAAAUCCAGAUAAUAUACUAAGUUCGGCCGAGUCGGUGUCCGGUACUCUUCGUCAUGUAGCCUCUCGCUAUCAUUUUCCAGGUAAUAAAAUGCAUGUUAAUACUCAACAAUUUCAUUCGGUCACUCCCAUAAUCGGUUCAGAAGAGCGGGUGUUAACGUUUUUAGUUAAAGAAAAGUAUACGGUACCCGUUGACACAUUCAUUCUCAAUUCUAAACCUUACGUUGAUUCAUUGGAUGAUGAUAUGCGACCGGCAACGAAAGAUGAACGUCAAGAUAUGUAUAAUAAGCUAAUUGAAGUUCUUACAAAAAACAAUACAUUGUACACUAUCGAAAAACUUUCACUCGAACUCCAGUAA